UUUUUCCGAAACGUUUCCGGUCUUUUUACUCCUCCGUGGCAUGGCGGAUUGUCUUUACCGCCGCUAAUAGUGUUUUUUUGGAGGAUAACAUUCGCUAAUAUAGCGAAAUGAGUCUGUCUGUAGCCCGACCGCUCGUGUCGGUGUACUCUGAGAAGAGUGAGGUGGUAGCUGGGGCGUCGCUCUCUCUGCCCUUCGUCUUCAAGGCGCCCAUCCGCCCUGACAUCGUCAAUGAUGUCCACAUUUCAUUGUCUAAGAAUGCGCGCCAACCCUACUGUGUCAGCAAGGAGGCAGGUCACCAAACCAGUGCCGAGUCCUGGGGUACCGGCCGUGCUGUAGCCCGUAUACCUCGUGUACGCGGUGGUGGUACCCACAGGUCCGGACAGGGUGCGUUCGGUAACAUGUGCCGUGGAGGCCGCAUGUUCGCGCCCACGAAGCCCUGGCGCCGCUGGCACCGCCGCGUCAACCUCCGCCUGCGACGAGCCGCCAUCGCAGCCGCGGUGGCCGCCGCUGGCGUCCCCGCCCUCGUCCAGGCCAGAGGUCACAUAAUUGACAAGGUGCCAGAAGUGCCACUGGUGGUCUCCGACAAAGUGCAAGAGAUCAACAAGACCAAGCAGGCGGUGAUCUUCCUCAGGCGCAUCAAGGCCUGGUCUGAUGUGCUCAAGGUAUACAAGUCGCAACGUCUGCGCGCCGGCAAGGGUAAAAUGCGUAACCGCAGACGCAUCCAACGCAAGGGACCUCUGAUCAUCUACAAUAAAGAUCAGGGCUUGUCGCGUGCCUUCCGCAAUAUUCCCGGUGUGGAAAUGCUGCAUGUCAACAAGCUAAACCUGCUUAAACUGGCUCCUGGAGGCCACAUUGGCCGCUUCAUCAUCUGGACCCAAUCUGCUUUCAACAAGCUCGAUGCCCUAUUCGGCUCAUGGAAGACCCCAUCAAAAUUAAAGAAGAACUUCAACCUUCCUCAGCCCAAGAUGGCCAACACUGACCUCAGCCGCCUGCUGAAGUCGGACGAGAUCAGAAAGGUGCUCCGCGCUCCCAACAAACGUGUGAUCCGUGCUACGAGGAAACUCAACCCGCUGACCAACACUCGCGCUAUGUUGAGAUUGAACCCGUACUCGGCUGUACUGAGGAGGAAGGCCGUAUUGGACCAGGCCAGAAUCAACAACCAGAGGGCGUUGGUGUUAGCUGAGAAGCGAGGGAUCAAGCUGCCGGCCAGCGAUCCCGCGGUUCGAGCGCAGAAACUCCGUGAAUGCAGAGCCAAAGCUAGGAAGGCAGCGGCCGCUAAACGACCCAAGAAGCCAGCGCCGAAGAAAACACCACCGCCGCCCCCCAAAAAGAAGGCAGAGAAGGGCAAGGACGGCAAACCAGCGGCAAAAGUGGCGAAGCCAGUAGCGAAAGUUGCAAAGCCAGCACCCAAAAAGUGAUUUGGACUAAAUAUAAAUAAAGUUAUAUAAAA